AUGCCGUCUACACUUGAAUAUCAGGUUACGAAGAGCGAACAGGCGAACAUGAAGCUGAUCUAUGCAGGUUUUGUCGAUCUCCUCAUUGCAGACAAUAAAGACCCCUACACCCUCAUGGAGUUCAAGAACAUCCAAAUCCCCUACCUAGGGCUUAAAAUUCAAGGGCGACAAAUACUGUUGAACAAUUGA